GUGUUGCUCGCCCGGGCUAGAGGCAGCGGCGGCGGCGACGUCGGUGGAGGAGGGGAGCAGGCGCAGCAGCAGCUGCACGGCGCUCGUCGCUGCGGAGCGAGCCCACCCGCCCCGGGAGCUCGCCUCCCCGGUGCUCCCCCUCCCUCCCCGCCCCCCCAGUGGCGCUGCCUCCUCCAAAUGAGCGAUUCGCCCGCUGGAUCUAACCCAAGGACACCCGAAAGCAGCGGCAGCGGCGGCGGCGGAAAGAGGCCGGCAGUGCCGGCGGCGGUGUCCCUCUUGCCCCCGGCGGACCCCCUGCGCCAGGCGAACCGGCUUCCUAUCAGGGUCCUGAAGAUGCUGAGCGCUCACACCGGCCACCUCCUGCACCCGGAGUACCUGCAGCCGCUGUCCUCCACUCCCGUCAGCCCCAUUGAGCUGGACGCCAAGAAAAGUCCACUGGCGCUACUGGCCCAGACCUGCUCGCAGAUCGGCAAGCCGGACCCGCCGCCCUCGUCGAAGCUCAACUCCGUAGCCGCGGCGGCCAACGGACUGGGAACCGAGAAGGACCCCAGCCGCUCCGCCUCGGGCGUCGCCUCUGCGUCAGCCGCCCUCAAACAGCUAGGAGACUCCCCUGCUGAGGACAAGUCCAGCUUCAAGCCCUAUUCCAAGGGCUCCGGCGGCAGCGACUCUCGCAAAGACGGCGGCUCCUCCUCCGUGUCCUCCACCUCGUCCUCGUCCUCGCCCCCCGGAGACAAGGCGGGCUUCAGGGUCCCCAGUGCCGCCUGCCCUCCCUUUCCUCCGCAUGGAGCGCCGGUCUCCGCGUCCUCGUCCUCGUCCUCCCCCGGCGGCUCCCGGGGCGGCUCCCCGCACCACUCUGACUGCAAGAACAGCGGGGGCGGCGGCGGGGAACUGGACAAGAAAGACCAGGAGCCCAAGGCCAGCCCCGAGCCCGCGGCCAUGAACCGUGGAGGCGGCGGGGGCGGCGGAGAGCCCGGCGCGCACGGCGGCGCCGAGGCCGGAACCUCUGGGCGCAAGUCGGAGCCGCCCUCGGCCUUGGUGGGGGCAGGCCACGUGGCGCCGGUGUCGCCCUACAAACCGGGCCACUCGGUGUUCCCGCUGCCACCCUCCAGCAUCGGCUACCACGGUUCCAUCGUGGGCGCCUAUGCCGGCUACCCGUCUCAGUUCGUGCCUGGCCUGGAUCCUAGCAAGUCUGGCCUCGUGGGAGGCCAGCUUUCGGGGAGCCUGGGCCUGCCGCCCGGAAAGCCCCCCAGCUCCAGCCCGCUCACCGGAGCCUCCCCGCCCUCCUUCCUGCAGGGAUUAUGCCGCGACCCCUACUGCCUGGGAGGUUACCACAGCGCCUCGCACCUCGGCGGCUCUAGUUGCUCCACUUGCAGCGCGCAUGACCCGGCUGGGCCCAGCCUAAAGGCGGGGGGCUACCCGCUGGUGUACCCCGGGCACCCGCUACAGCCCGCCGCACUCUCGUCCAGCGCCGCCCAAGCGGCCCUCCCUGGCCACCCGCUCUACACCUACGGCUUCAUGCUGCAGAACGAACCGCUGCCGCACAGCUGCAACUGGGUGGCAGCCAGCGGGCCAUGCGACAAGCGUUUUGCCACCUCGGAGGAGCUGCUCAGCCACCUACGGACCCACACAGCCCUGCCGGGGGCCGAGAAACUUCUGGCCGCCUACCCCGGGGCCUCGAGCCUGGGCAGCGCUGCCGCCGCGGCCGCAGCCGCCGCCUCCUGCCACCUGCACCUCCCCCCGCCCGCCGCCCCCGGCAGCCCCGGGUCGCUGUCCUUGAGGAGUCCACACACUUUGGGGCUAAGUCGGUACCAUCCCUACGGCAAGAGCCACUUAUCCACAGCUGGGGGCCUGGCGGUGCCGUCCCUUCCCACAGCCGGACCCUACUACUCGCCAUAUGCGCUGUAUGGACAGAGACUAGCCUCAGCCUCCGCGCUCGGAUACCAGUAACUACAGCUUUUUCUCCCUCUUUUCCCGUCCAUCUUCUUCCCCCUCCUUCUUUCCCCCAACCGCCGUCGCUGCAACCUCCACUACUGCUUGUCCCUCCUGGGAUCCCCCGCCCUCCCCACCGGACUGUGUAUUUAUUUACUAUAAUGUUAGCUUACAAGCUGGGAAUAUAAGUGCAUUAACGGCC